AUGGGAAAGCUAAAAACCCAAUUUUUUAUGAACAAAAACAGUAGUAUUUUGGAGCUCAAAGUGGUGGUAGGGAAGCUGCAAAAGAGACUUUUGCAAGCCAAGAAAUGGGCUCCGGGGAACAAGAAUCGUGAAUCGGUGCCUGAAGACGUGAAAGAAGGCCAUGUUGCUGUGAUUGCAUCCAAUGAAGAUGAAGAAAGGAGAUUUAUUGUUCCUUUGGCUUAUCUUGGUCGUUCAUCGUUUAAGAUGUUGUUGGAAAGUGCAGCCGAGGAGUAUGGUUUUAGGCACGAGGGUGCACUUAUAGUGCCGUGUAGACCGAGUGAAUUCGGCCAGUGGAUUUUGGAUGGAGCACAUGAUGAUGUUUGUUGGAGUUCGUAA